GGAACCGAGGAAAAAAACACAUCAGAGCCAGUCUGCCAAACCGACCGACGGCGAAUAGUCACAAACAAAUUUACUCGUUCAGCCAGAUUUCUCCUCGGCGAAACUUGAGAUCGCUUUCGAGCAUUGGAAGAGGUUUAUACGCUUUAAGAAACGCUGCUUAACAGACUGAGUGACAGCAGUAGUUAGCUAGGUCGUCGCGAACUGUAUAGUCUAAGCUAGCUUUGUGGUUUCUAGCUUUGCUGCGAAAACAAGUCGGAUUCGCGUUGCCAGUUCGCUCAUAUAUAUUGACGCGAAGGGAACUCGGACCUUGUUGUUUACAUGGGCGCAGAGCAGAUCGUGUAUAAUGGUAGAUAGCUGAAAACUAUUCGUUCAGUUGUGCGGAAAGUGGGACGUUUAAAGGCAUCUCGGCGUCUGUUUUAGCUUGCUGGCAGGCUGGCUAAGCUAGUCGCAGGGAACUCCAAACAAACAAAAGACGUUUUUGUGUAGCUUGCGCGCUAACGAGCUAGCGAUCACACAAAAGCCAGCUAGCGCAACUCCGCGUAGCUUAGUUGGGAGUUAGCUGGCGUAAGACGGCGCUAAGCUAGCUCAGGCGUGUUUCCAUUUCCACGUACACUCAUUUGUUAACUCGUUUUAAAGCAGAUAGCUCCGAAAUGGCUCAUCACAGUACUUCUCAUGUCGCGAGUUCGCAAAAAGCGCUAAUGCUGGAAAUGAAAAGUCUUCAGGAGGAGCCAGUCGAAGGCUUCAAAAUAACACUGGUGGACGAGGCAGAUUUGUACAACUGGGAAGUAGCCAUUUUCGGACCUCCAAAUACGCUCUACGAAGGGGGGUAUUUCAAGGCACGUAUCAAGUUCCCUAUCGACUACCCCUACUCCCCACCCGCCUUCAGAUUCCUCACUAAGAUGUGGCACCCCAACAUCUAUGAGAAUGGCGACGUGUGUAUCUCCAUCCUUCACCCUCCAGUAGAUGACCCGCAGAGUGGAGAGCUGCCCUCUGAAAGGUGGAACCCAACACAGAACGUCAGGACUAUCCUACUGAGUGUCAUAUCCUUGUUGAAUGAGCCCAACACUUUCUCCCCUGCUAACGUGGACGCUUCUGUCAUGUACCGCAAAUGGAGAGACAGCAAGGGGAAGGACAGAGAGUACUCAGAGAUCAUACGGAAGCAGGUCAUGGCCACUAAAGCAGAAGCAGAACGAGACGGCGUGAAAGUGCCCACCACGCUGGCAGAGUACUGCGUGCGCACACGCGCCCCAGCAACCGACGAGGGCUCCGAUUUGUUUUACGACGAUUACUGUGAUGACGAGGACUUGGAGGAUGAUAAUGAUGAGGACUGUUGCUAUGACGAGGACGACUCAGGAAAUGAGGAGUCAUGACAUCACCAUCUUUCUCCUCUUCAUCACCAUUAUCUUCACCCUGAAAAGUUGAAGAGCUGUCGCAUGUAUUCACUUUCAGUUGGAUAGCUGUUUUUUUUCUUUCUUUUUCUUUAAAGGAACCAUCUUUUUUUUUUUUUUUUUUUUUUUGCUUUGUUUUUAUUUCGAGCUGGAAAAUGAUGUUCUCACUCGGGUCUUGGUUGUUUUGGUCUCCCAUCAGCUUUAAGUUUCACUGAGGGUUUCUUUUUCUUUUCUUUUUUUUCCCCUCAUCUAAGCGUUUUUUUUUUUUUGGUGAAAUCCAUACGCCUCUGCUUUGUUAGACACAUGAAUGAAUGAGUGAUAGAAUGAGUGAUGGACUAAGAAUUGGUGAAUUAGUGCUUGAAAAAGGGCGCUCUUUUCGCGUGUUUUCUUUGGUUAUGACUGUUCCAUCUGUGAUGUCUUUUGCGUUAUAAUGCUAGUCCCUUCAUCCAGUUUUCUCCUGACAGAUGUUUUAAACUGACCUGUCCAAGCUCUGCCCACGUGUUCUUUGAUAGCAAUUGUUGCAACGUCGGACAAGCUUAGCAAAAGUCCCAUUUAAACCUUAUGAGGAAAAAAAUGUGCAUAACUCAUACAUGCAUUACUUUGGUCACAAUCUUGCUAUUAAAAUGAGUUGCUACAUAUUGUUUGAAAUAAUACUUAAAGUUAAAAAUGGCUAUUUUGAAUUUGCCAUCAUGCUACACUUGAGUUUUCUUGAGUUGUGCACUACAGUUUCUCCUUGGGAUGAAUAAGAUUUUUACCAGUAUUCUGUAAAGCUUCCAACUUGGCAACAGCUGCUAUAAAAGAAUGCGCUUGUAUUUGAAGCUUGUUUAGGUCAGUUGAGGAGAAUUAGCAGGUCUGACCAGUUCAGCAAUAAAAAGCAAUUUUGCCUACUUCAUGCUUAAGAGAUGAGACAUUCUAAUUGUCUAUAGCAAAGUUUUAUCAGUCCUGGUCUGGGGGUGCCCUUAAGAUGCAUUUUUUUUUUGUUGCUCCAAACGUUCUUGAUUGAACUAUUUAUCAAGCCUUUCCUGCGUUGAAUCAGAUGUAGGAGUGUGGAAUGCACCUGACUGGGUGGUGCAUGGGUCCCUCAAAACCAGAAACAUUGGCCUAUAGCCAGUGUUUAAGUGAUGGGUGUAGGAUCAGUUGCCUCCCCACUACAUGUGGCAGAGCUAUGGCUAUUGAAGGGAUGCUUCAUUUUUGGUUGGCAUUUUGUUUGGACUGUGGGGAAACGCUGGUGUGGAAGCAGACUUGCUGAUGGUUGCCCUGCAGAGGCCUGAACCCCUUAUUGCUAUGUGAAAUUCCACACAAUAUUUUUUAAGUGCGUACAGUUCAAAUCAUUGUAAUCGCGUAUUCCUUCAUGUCCUGAGAGAGGGGGAGCUGCCUAUUGACAGAAGAUGGGAAUCAUGAAGACAAAAGGGUGGGAAGGUGUUCAUUGAUUGUCUCUUUUCCGAUGAGCUUAAACUUGUUUUUGCAAUGCCAAUAUAUUAUUGUCCUCUCAUAUGAAUUUCAUUUAUUCUGCUCCUAGGUUUUUUUUUUUUUUUUAAUAGAGAAUGUAUC